AUGCAUCGUGGGGACAGGGAGGGUGCGUGGCCCGACAGGGGAGGGGAACGCUGCGGGCGACGCCCUCUUGUCGCCUCCAGGUGCUGGAUGAACGUGCCGAGGCUCCCGCGGCGUUGGAUCCGAAAGGUCGGUCUGUGCCGCGCAGCCACGCUCUCCCGCGUCGGUGUGUUGCUGGCUGUGUGUGCGGGCGCGUACCAGUUCUCCCGGACCCCGAACAUCGCGAACGAAGAUCACGUGACUCUGCACGCCCACCACUACCUGGGCGCACCACCUGGCGACUUCGACGCGGACGGCUACGCCACAGCCGACCCCCCCCCUCCAUGGAUCUGGGAGGAUCACACCCCCGAGGCAUCCCCCGUGCAUCGGUGGACGCCGCCUUCGUACGGGACGGUACUGCGAGGCGGGGCCGCCGGCGACGCAUGGACUGCGCCUCCCGCCGCGAGCGACGAGGCUGGCGAAGCGUGCUCUGCAGCUGCAGGAGGUGUGGUGGACUUCGGGUCGAUCCCCCGGAUCAUUCACUACACGCACCGCGCGUACGACGACCUCCACGAGGACCUCAAGGGCUACAUCGACGGCUGCAUGCGCUUGAACCCCGGGUGGGAGGUGCGGUUCUACGACGACCGAGACGCGCGGGACUUUGUCGGGGGGGAGUUUCCGGGGCUGGUGGGGGCCUGGGACGCCCUCGACUCGCCGGUGCAGCGGGCGGACAUGUUCCGCUACCUCGUCCUGCUGCGGUACGGCGGCGCCUACCUGGACGUGGACAUCGAGUGCCGGUUGCCGUUCGAGACCGUGAUCGACACCGAGCGCGACGCGCUGGUCGCUGGGAUCGAGAACGCGUUCGAGACCCCGGAGCAGGCCUCGACCAGGACGUACGCGCGAACAGUUCAGGUUGUGCAGUGGAGCAUCCUCGCGGCGCCGGGCCACCCGGCGCUCCGGCUCGCCGCGUCGCACAUCGCACGCACUGCUACCUUCCGGAUCGCACAGGACGACGACAGGAACACGCUCGAGCGGACAGGGCCGGGGGCCUGGUCGGAUGCUCUCGCCCGCUACAUGUCGCGCAGCGCAUCGCUGGCGCCCGGCUGCGCCUGGCCCGUGCGCCUCCUGCCACGGGUCGCCAUGGGGAACUUCCCGAGCGGUCUCGACGGUCUACCGGCGCACAGCCCGGGCGAGGUCCUGGUGCAUCACUUCGAGGGCUCGUGGAAGCGCAGGGGCGUGAGGCGCCUCGCUCCCCGCAUCACGCCCGGCUGCCACCUCGAAGCUGCACUAGGGCCAGUGGGCCGGUGGGCCGCGAAACGGCUCCGCAGCGGCGAAGACCUGCUGCGGUACAACGUGCUGCUGCGGGCGCUGCUCCGGCUCCUGUUCUUCCGCACGCCGCGCCCCGCGCCCCGCCCUCCGGCGGUGCCGCUCUCCACGUUGAACUACACGGGCGACCUACUGGAGCGAGAUCGCGACGGGGUGGUCUGGACGGUCCUCAGGAGCGGCGCGCAGUGGCGGGACGCUCAGACGGCGGUGGCGGUCGCGCUGCCGGGCGUCGACGAGGCGGCGCGCUACGACCGCGACGACCCGAGCAGAGAGGUGCUGCGAUGGGGCGCCUGGGAGCCGGGGGCGUGGGUGGCGCGCGGCCCGAUGGGGCACGAGGCCCUGAUGUCCGCGGCCGGCGUGUGUCUGCGAGGGCCCGCGUACCGUGCUGCGCGGCCGCAGUGCGCGGACGGCACGGAGGGGAGUCCGUGGGGGACUCUCGGCCUCAGGGUGCCAGACACGCGGCCGCGGCGACGCUGGCGCGCGCAGCAGCCGCUGCGCCCCCUCGAGCCCGUCGCUGAGGCGCCGUGCGUCCGCGACGGCGACGGCGCCGCGCGCGGGGCCCCUGUUUUCGUGGAUGUUGGUGUGGGGCUCGGGGCCGCGUCGCUGCACGCUGCGGCGUCCGGCAUGCGCGUCAUCGCGUUCGAGAGCGACCCGCGGCUGCUUGAGCGCUCCGUUGCCGCGAACGCCGCCUUCCAGGACCGCGUGACGUUGCAUCCCCGCGCCGUCGCGGCGGGGCGCGGGCGGGCGUGCCUGUAUAGAGGCCGGACACUCGAACCGCAGCUGCUGGCUGCCCCGCCGGGGACGCCCCGCGGCUCCGACGCGGCUGACGACGCCGCGCUUGCGCAGCUGCUGCCCCUCGCUCUCGAGCAAACGCUCGCUGCGCCAGCGCCAGUGAAGCCAGCGCUGCGGGCACGCGGCGCGCCGCCAGGGCUGUACGGUAUGGCGCCCGGCAGCGACGAAUGCAGCGCGACGGCGGCAGGGCCCGGCCGCGUCGUCGAGACGACGUCUCUCGACGAGGCCCUUUUCGGUGCCGACUGCGACAACGACGACAACGCGACCGCCGCGCUCUGCGGAAGCCCCUGGGUGCUGCGGAUCGCGCAGCCCGGGUGGGAGCGCGCGGUGCUGCGCGGGGCCGGACGCGCGCUGCAGGGCGCGAACCCUCCGGUCGCCGUGCUCCUGGAGGUGUCGCCGGCGCAGGAGGCCUGGAAGGGCGUCAACGGAGCGGGGUGGAGUUCCGGGGGCGCCGUGCAGGAGCUGCACGCGAUCGGAUUCGAGGAGGCCUUUGUUUCCGGCCCGGCGUGCGACGACGCCGGCGCCAGAGUCCCGCUGGGCCGAAAGAUCGGGCUGGCGAAGGGCCAGCGUCGCGGGCAGGUCGCGUGGUGCGCGGUGGACGCGGUGCGCGGGCGAGCCCGGAGCGCGCUGCCGCUGCCGCUGCGAGCCGACGAGGAGCGCAGCCACCAGGUGCUGCUCCUCCGCAGAGACAGCGUCGGCGCUCCCCGCCGCGGCACCGCGUCCUAG